AUGCCGGGCGGGGACCUGCCGGGGCCCGGCAUCUCCGCCCUCACUUCGGCUGCUCCCCGAGAGUCAAGCACGACAGGAGUCACAGUCAUUCCCACAGAUUCUCCCGCGCCACUGGGACGGGAACGACUCCCAGAGCGAUUCCGGGGGCCCCUGCAGCAGCCGCAGCCUUUAAAUGUACUGCUCCCAGGAAGGGAGGGGCGGGACCGAGGGGGCGGGGGCUGGAUGGGGGCGGGGCCUCGAGAGGCUGGCGCGCUGAACAGCAGCCGCAGUGACCUCCAGCAGUGGAGCGGGCGCUGUACAGCUGCAUUCCCGGGACUGGAUAUCGGAGAGCCUCUGGGUCAGCCCGUCCUGGCCGCGGAGCCGGGAAGCCCCUUGCGGGUCGGACAAGUGGACCCUGAGUUCUGGAAAGCUGGGUGGCGCGAGACACGCGACAACUCCCUGGGGCAAAGAUGGAAAGGGUCCCGGAGGCUGACCACGGAUGCCGUCGGAGACCAUGAUGACCGGCAUCAGCCCCUGGCCUGGAAGGGAUGGGCUGCGCGAGUUGGCGGCUUUCCCCCUACAGCUAUGUCCACGGGCAAUGACACAGGCUGGGGCUCUUCUGUGGGAGAGGAGGCCUGGGCGGGGACGGGGGUCGAGGUGGAGGAGUCUGCGCUUCCCACCUUCUCAACCGCGGCCAAGGUCCGAGUAGGAGUGACCGCUGCCCUGUUCCUGUCAUCGGCUGCAGGGAAUCUGGCGGUGCUGUGGUCCGUGACACGGCCGAGAUCCAGUCGACUCCGCCCCUCUCCGGUCCGCCGACUUUUUGGCCACUUAGCCGCUGCAGACUUACUGGUCACUUUCGUGGUCAUGCCGCUGGACGCUGCGUGGAAUGCCACGGUCCAGUGGCUCGCCGGAGAUGUUGCUUGCCGAAUACUCAUGUUCCUGAAACUGCUGGCCAUGUACGCCGCUGCUUUUCUGCCUGUGGUCAUUGGACUUGACCGCCAGGCUGCUGUGCUCCAUCCUCUUGGACCCCGAGGGGGUGGGCGAAAGCUGCUGGGGACGGCCUGGGGGCUUAGUUUUCUGCUUGCACUGCCCCAGGUGAGUGACCAAAGGAGUCCAGGUAUUAAUCUACCUCGGGAACUCGCGGAAAAGAUCUCUUACCGCCUCUUUGCUCCGCAGCUUUUAUUUACACACAAUUUGCAUAAAAUUGACACGCAGAGUUGCCCCGCCCACCUCUUGAAAGUCUAUCAGCUCAAGUCGGUUUAUCAUUUUUCUCUCACCUUCGCGUGAGUUCAGGAAACCCGUUUUUUCUCCUCUCACUUUCCCUCUAGCUCCGCCGGUAACGAGGAGCGGCUAUAGCAGCUAGAAAUAAGAAAGUGAAGUGAAGGAAGGAAGCUAAUUGAAAUCUUGAUACGCAAAUUUAUGGUGCAUAGCUGAACCUGAAUGCUUCAGACCCUUCUGAAGAUAUCUUAAAUCAACUUGGGAGCUUUAAAAUUUUAGGGGGAGGGGGAAAACUAAACAAAGCAAAAAGACCCUUUAGCUAAAAUAAAUAAAAUUAGUUAACCAGCUUCUACUUGCGGACAGACCAGAAAAAAGUUAGGAUUCUUCAUUUUGGAAGUAGUCUGAAGGAAAAAAAAACCUCAUUUACAAUUACUGCACUUUAAGAUUAAGAGAAUACUUUAUAUACUUAUUUGAAUCUCACAACAGCACUGAGUUAGGUGGUGAAUUUGAUGUUUAUUAAUAAAUGCAUGCUAAAUGAAUCUUCCCAUUUUACAAGAAGGGAAAGUAACGCUCACAAGUAUUAAGUUGAUUUCCUCUAGUUCACACAGCCAAUAAAUGAAAAGCCUGAACAAACA